AUGGAGAGGGAGAGGCAUGGUGGUGAUUUGUACGACCCACUCGGCUCCCAUCCGGGAUCAGCAAGGGCGAGAGGCUCCAACGAGAGCUUGACUGAUAUUCCCGAAGAUGUGGAACAAACUUCAACCACCAUCGGAAGCCCUGAGAUAGAGGCCAAAGAUGGCGCCCCAACGCUUGACUUCAUCCCAGCCGAGGAUGUCGAGCAGGUGCCUGGAAUGCCGCGAGGAGACACGGAAUCGAUGAAAUUUGAUGGAGAAGAUGAGAACCCGGCUAUUCCGGAAUUAUUCCAGCGAUCUUCAAGCCCCGCAGCUAUGCACAAGCAGAAAGGUGCCGCUUACGAAAAAGUUGGGGAGGAUGGAAUUAACAGGAUGCACAAAUUCUACCUUUAUGAGACAAGCACCCGGUUCUAUCUCAUCGGGGCGGACCUCCUAGACAAGCAUUACAGAGUACUGAAGAUUGACCGAACCGCGCCACCGGGUCAUUUGAGUAUUUUUGAAGAUGAGAUUGUUUAUGACAGGAAAGAAAUGAACCAUCUGCUGCACACAAUCAACGACGGAAACAAGCAUACGGGAGGCGUGAAACUGAAAUGCAGCACUUGGGGGCUUAUGGGCUUCGUAAGGUUCACGGAAGCUUAUUACAUGGUUCUGAUCACCAAGCGCGCACAGGUAGCGAUGCUUGGUGGGCAUUACAUUUACCAGGUCGAUGGCACAGAGUUGAUACCUCUCACUACCGGGUCUUCAUCGCGGUUCCAAAAGGACCGGAACCCGGAGGAAGCCAGGUAUCUGAGUAUCCUGAACAACCUCGACCUGACACGCUUCUUCUAUUUCAGCUACUCCUACAACAUCACACGUAGUCUCCAGCAGAAUAUCAUCCGCGAGAGAAACGCUAUCAACGAAGGGUCGAAACACCAAAACCGGGAUUACCAAGACAUAUUCGUAUGGAAUCACUACCUUCUCGAGCCGGCGCGCGAAGCGUUGAAGAAUGUCCAUGAUUGGUGCCAUGCGGUUAUACAUGGCUCUAUCGAUCAAUCAUCGCUCGAUGUCUUUGGACGUAGGAUAUACAUCACACUCAUGGCGAGGCGUUCGAGGUUUUUUGCAGGUGCACGCUUCUUGAAGCGCGGCACAAACGAUUUGGGCUAUGUCGCUAACGACGUCGAGACUGAGCAAAUCGUCUCGGAAGCGGUCACCACUUCGUUUCACGCACCUGGGCCGCGGCUGUGGUCGAAUCCUACUUAUACCUCGUACGUGCAACACCGUGGGAGCAUACCACUGUAUUGGACGCAAGACAAUUCCGGGGUCACGCCAAAGCCAGACAUCAAACUUAACCUUCCGGAUCCCUUUCAUAGUGCGGCAGCAUUGCACUUUGACAAUCUGUUCGAGAGAUAUGGUGCUCCAGUAUACGUACUGAACCUCAUCAAGCAGCGCGAACGGACGCCGAGGGAGUCCAAGCUCCUGCACGAGUACAAGGUGGCUAUAGAGUAUCUCAACCAGUCUCUCCCUCAAGAGAAGAGGAUCAUCUACGAGGCUUUCGACAUGGCCAGGGCUUCUAAGACGCGUGGUCAGGACGUCAUUCUCUCCCUAGAGCAUUUGGGCGAAAAGGUCCUACGGCAGACAGGCUUCUUUCACAAUGGUGAUGGUGAGUUCGACUCUCCGCAAGUGCAGAACGGAGUCGCUCGAACGAAUUGCAUCGACUGUCUAGAUCGAACAAAUGCCGCACAGUUCGUGAUUGGGAAACGAGCACUUGGUCGUCAACUCCAGGCUCUUGGUGUUAUAUCUGGAAACACGGUCGAAUACGACAGUGACUGUGUCGACAACUUUACUCACAUGUUCCACAAUCAUGGCGACGCGAUCGCCAUGCAAUACGGCGGCUCGCAUCUCGUCAACACGAUGGCCACUUAUCGGAAAAUCAACCAAUGGCAGAGCAGCUCACGAGAUAUGGUCGAGAGCUUCAAACGCUACUAUCACAAUUCUUUCCUUGAUUCACAACGACAGGAGGCUUGCAAUCUAUUCCUUGGUAAUUACAUCCAUGCAGAGGGCCAGCCCAUGCUAUGGGACCUACAAACAGACUACUAUCUUCACCACGCGGACCCACGCUUUUUUCUCGAAACUCCUCGCAGAGACUACAUAAGCUGGUACACUCCCGAGUUCCUAGAGCCUCGCUCUCUGCCGCCCUUCACCGUACCUUACGAGGAACUUAGGGAGUUGGUACGCAACGGUACGGCUGAACACGACGAUUACUGGAACGAAUACUAUCGGCCGUUAGCUGUAACAUCGCUCCUCAAGGUCUACGCCUUCCGUCUUAGCUGUCCGCCGGCAAAGGAAAAAGACACCUCUCAUCCCUCUCGGUUGCAGGAUGCAUCGCCUUUCGUCGUGCGCAAGAAACAACAGGCUCAGGCGACUGUUCCCAACGACAACAAGAAGCCAGCUCGUAAAGGCGUCACCAUCUUGGAUCCUUCGAGUGACACUGAGUCGCGUAGGCAUAGUCUCGCGCGUCGUCGCCAGAACAUGCACUUGCGUAUCCCAGAAACAGGCUUUUCGGCCCAACAAUCCAUCUUGAGAGACCCGCACUUUGAGACACAGAUGCCUUUGUCUGCACCUCCCGGGGUUGUCAAUUUCCAGACACUAGACCAGUCCAGCUCCACGGGCUUCUCAUCAUCUUUCAACACCAAAGGAUUCAAACCGGCAGACAAGGCGCUCAUUCAUCAAUGGACUCUUGCGCAAUUCCACGAAAACAGCCUCAACCCCAGCGUCACCGCCGGUGAAGAAGAGGAGUACGAACGAUACGUCGGGCACCCUCUGAACCUCCCCCUCGUGGUCAGCAACGAGGCGCCAGCAGUAGGCGACCCCGCCGCCCUGGAGUUCGUCGAGUACCUCGACAUGACCGAAGGUGGCACGCAGCCUGCGCAACCAGAUCAAGAUGAAGACUCAGACAGCGACAGCUUCUACUAUGUGCCUCUUUCAAGAAGCGUCCCACACAAUCUCAAACUCGACACAGACGUUGCUUCCAUCCGCUCCUUGCCCCUACGGCCCACCUCCUCCGCCUCCUUCAGCUACCCAACCCCCUUCUCGCACCCGCCAGGCUACCCCCACCAGCACAAAACCUUCGCCCACAACUUCCAUAAUUUCCACCACCUCCACGACGCCUACCCUGACACCCCCGAAACCAACCCUCCUGACGUUUCCGACUUAGCGCCAGCUGCCACGGCCGCAAGCGGAAACGCGAAGUUCACAACCAAGGACGAGGAUAUCGAGGAGUUUGAAGAGUUUCUGAAGGUCAGGGAUAACCCGCUGGAUGUGGAGGAGGAGGACGGCGCGAAGAAGAGGUAUAAGGCGUAUAGGCAGUGGUUGAGGGGGAAGAGCUUUUUUAAACAGAGUAAGGUGGACCCGGAGUGGCAGAAUCAGUUGCCUGUUAGGUAG